UACUGUGACGCGGCAUCCAGCAACCCUCCAGCUACUCUGUCCUGGUGGAGAGAUGGAAUACCUGUGCAAGGUCUCCCAAUGCAACUGAAGAAAGGUCUGCACGGAGGCACUGUAUCCACGAUCGAACUGAAACUGAACAUCACUAAGGACCUGAAUGGCGCCGUCUACACCUGCCAAGCUAUGAACGAGGCCUUACAACGGAGUGUCCACGAUGCAUUGUCUUUGAAAGUCUUGUAUGCACCUAUAUUCGACGAGACUACCCCCUACACGACAGUGGGGGUAGAAAACGAACCUCUCAUCAUAGUCUUAAGGGCUGAUGGAAACCCUGGCAGCAUCACUUACACAUGGACUAAAGAUGGUCUUCCGAUCACACAGUCUUCAUAUAGUACAGGGAAUGACAGGAUCAUUUCGGAAGGCAGCAUGUUGAACAUGACGAGGCUGACGCGGCAUGACGCCGGUAUUUACACCUGCGAGGCGGUUAAUUCUCAGGGUGCUGCCGUCGCGAAUAUCAGCGUCUCCGUGCACUAUCCUGCUGGUAUAAAGUCGGUGUCUCAGAGUGAAGUAUCCAGCCCCAAUACUGAUGCUACUUUAUACUGUACGGCUACUGGAAACCCACUGACAGCGGACAACAUUCGCUGGGAACGUGAAGGAUACAAAAUCAACCCGAACCACGUGACCUUUGAACCUAGGAACAUGACUAGCAGCCUAGUAAUAAAACAGGCGAAGAGAGAAGAUGUAGGGAACUUUCAGUGUGUGGUAGACAACGGUAUAGGCAGUGAGACGAGAAAGGAUGUGAUGUUGGUAGUGAGGUUUAAGCCGGAGUUGGACAGUUCACCAAGCUUGAUGAAGUCAGCGUCGAACGUCGGUCAAGUUGGAAGGUUGACGUGCAAAUGCAAAGCCGCCCCAGCACCAAACUUCACUUGGUCCAAGAACGGUGCCAAGUUACCAGUCAACACAUCCACAAAAUACUUCGCCGAGUACCACAAACUGGAUGCCGUGACCUACACGUCAGUGCUCCUCAUUAAUGACGUCAGUUCCUCAGACUAUGGAAGCUAUGAAUGUGGUUCCAGAAACGAUUUGGGCUUUUCUACUACCUCCGUCAAAUUGGAUAUUACUAGUGCACCUGAUCAAGUAAUAUCUCUAAUGGUGACGAAUAUAACCCACAACACGGUGACGUUGCAGUGGGUGCCUGGAUUCGAUGGUGGUCUGCCAUCUUGGUAUAGAAUACGUUAUAGGAGAAUCUUUGAAGAAUCAUACAAAUAUGAAGAUGUAGUACCAAGAAACGCGACCACAUUUACCAUCGGAGGUCUCGAAAGGAGUACCGACUAUGUUUUCUCUGUAAUGGCUAUCAACAAAAUUGGUCAAAGCAAGUAUCGGCCUGAUGAUACUAAAGUUACUACACUGACAUCAUCAGAAGUAGGCGAACUAAACGUAGUGUCAACUGAAUAUGUAGAAACAGCUGAUGUAUCAAAGUCUGUUGUUAUUUACGUUUCGAUAACUGGCGUUGUAUUAGUAUUGAUAAACGCUGCUUUAGUUGCCUGCUUCGUGUUCAAAAGACGUUCACGACGUCUCAAAGAACAAGCAGGCCAGGCUUCCAAAUCAGCCACUAUAGAGAUGUACGCGCCAUCAUCAUACAAUGACACAAUGACUGGAGAAACCUUAAGCUCGGUGUCGGAGAAGUCAGAAACCUAUUCUCAAGAUGAAGGGGUUGAUGACCGACAGCCUCCACCGAUACCUGAGGUCCCGUCGAUGCCGACCAGGCAUAUGCUGUCGCAGACAACGGACGCCUUCCUAAUGGAUGACCAGGGCCUGGUCAUCCCUCCCCCGCUGGACUAUCCCCCGCCGAACUACGCGGUGUAUGAUGGAGGCGACCACGCGCGGACACUUCCGCAUCCACAUCGACAUAAGGAUAUCAGUGGACACAGUACCUUGGGAAGGAGUGCUGGUAAGACUAACUACGUGCCGGCCCCGAGCCCGAUGCCGCCGUUGGAUGGAUCCUAUUACAAUAUGGCCUCCGAUAGGUACCUGUCUUAUCCACCACUCAUCGGAGAAUAUUUGCAGCAGCAACAAGGCCGCACUCCAACUCCCCCUCAGCAGUACGGCGGACAGCUUCCCAAGCCUCAUCUGAUGAACGGCGGCCUGCCAGUAGGAUCACCCUCCCACAUGGCGAGCCCACCACACAGCUACGCGAUGGAUGACAGACAAUCAGCUGGAGGCACUCUAAGGAGGCAGCGGUUGGACAAGAUGGCCGCCGUCCCGCCGCCUGACGUCACAGUCCUGCAUCAGGGUAAUUGUGCACAGCAUCUAGUCCAAACGCCAGCGCCAAAGCAGCCACAGUCCAUAUUGAAAGACCCAUCGCGUCACAAAUACGGGAACCAGUACGGCAGCCCGAUAUCCACAAGUACUCCACAAAACUCGAGUCAGAUCCUCACAGUGCAAAACCUGACGUCUGACGUCCCACAGUACGGAACCAUCAAAAAAGAGAACAAGAAACAAAACGUCACCAUCGACGAAUCAUUCAACAAAAGAAGUGAGACACACGUUGUCUAAAAAACUAAGUGACAAGUGACUAAAAAAAAGUGCAAACUGACUAAACAAAAUUGUAAAGUGGCUAUGAGUGUAAGUGAAGUGUAAAUAAGGACUAGAUAAAAUUGUAGAUAGAUUUAUAAUAAUUGAAUGUGAUACAUGAACGAACUCUUAUUCGACUAGUGUCCGUUUCGUAGAUAGUUUUGACAAUGUUGCCUAAAUUAGUAUUUGGGCUAGUCGGGUUGUAUUAAAAAAAGUUCGACUGACUUAUCAAUAUCGUAAUAGGUAAUACGUCCAAACGACAUAGGUGAACAAAAAAAAUAUGAUUUUUUUCAAUGUCCAAUUGUAAAAUCAUUUUUAGAUAAUACAUUUAGGAGUUAAUGUACGAUUUUAUUAAUUUUUCAUUUGUUUGAAGGCUGGAUCUUUGUUGUUCGACAAUUUGUUGUUGAUUUAUGAAAAUGUGCUUAGUGUUUGAGUAUGAAGGUCUAAAAUUGAAUUUACCUUAAUCUGAUAUUGUGUGACAAAAAGCUGUCGCU